AUGUCCAAACUGCACAUUCCCACCCAGGCUGGAGGCCCUGUUGGCGUUUCCGGCGUGGUCAAGACCGUCGCUGCGGUUCUCAAAUUUGCUCCCAAAACCCCUAUCGUUGAGGAUGACAACAUCACCGUCCCCUUCCUCGAGGUUGGCUCCACCAACCUCAUCGAGCCCAACUCAGUUGUUCGAUACCUUGCUGGCGCCAAGGAGACCGUUGAAUCUAACCUGCUCAAGUACGAGCAGGAGACUAUCUACCGGCUUCUGACUGGCCAGGCCCAGACGUCUCUGGAUGAGUCUAUUCUCAAGCUGUCCACCAUCACGUCUGGAUCUGCCGAGGAGAUUAUUGUUUUCGGCUCUCUAUUUGCCCUUAACGAAAAGUCCGGUGAGGCUGGAAAAUGGGUUGACGAGCGGCUUGCUUCCAACGAGACUCUGGCCCAGGCAAUCACUCGAGUCAAAGUCAAGAAGGCCAAGAAGGCCGUGGCUGCUCCCGUUGAUCUGCCUCUCAACACCGGCGAGCAGAACCUGUCCGAGUCCUUCGACGCCAAGAAGUCCAGCAGCGAGGUCAUUAAGCCUGUCCCCGGCCAGCGAAACAUCCUCAUCACCUCUGCUCUGCCCUACGUCAACAAUGUGCCCCAUCUUGGUAACAUUAUCGGAUCCGUUCUGUCGGCCGAUGUCUACUCCCGAUACUGCAAGGGCCGAAAUUACAACGCCCUUUUCAUCUGUGGUACUGAUGAGUACGGAACUGCCACCGAGACCAAGGCCCUGGAAGAGAAGGUGACCCCUAAGGAGCUGUGUGACAAGUAUCACAAGAUUCACAAGGAUGUCUACGACUGGUUCCAGAUCGGCUUCGACUACUUUGGCCGGACCACCACUGACAAGCAGACCGAGAUUGCUCAGGAUAUUUUCAUGAAGCUGCAUGACAACGGAUACCUCGAGGCCCAGAAGAUGACCCAGCUUUACUGCACUCAGCAUAACGCCUUCCUUGCCGACCGAUUCGUCGAGGGUAUCUGCCCUAAGUGUGGUUACGAGGACGCCCGAGGAGACCAGUGUGAUGGUUGCGGCACUCUGCUCAACCCCUUUGAGCUCAUCAAGCCCCGAUGUAAGCUUGAUGGCUCUUCCCCCGAGGUUCGAGACUCGGAGCACAUCUUCUUGUCUCUCGACAAGCUGCAAAAGGAGACUGUUGAGUGGGCCCAAGAGUCCGCCGAGAAGGGAGACUGGUCCAAGAACUCUCGAACCAUCACUGACGGCUGGCUCAACAAUGAGCUGCACCCACGAUGUAUCACACGAGACCUGGUUUGGGGUACCCCCGUGCCUCUGGAGGGCUUCAAGAACAAGGUCCUCUAUGUCUGGUUCGACGCUACUAUUGGGUACGUCUCGAUCACCGCCAACUACUCCCCCGAGAACUGGAAGGCCUGGUGGAACAACCCGGAGAAUGUUGAUCUUUACCAGUUCAUGGGCAAGGAUAACGUCCCCUUCCACACUGUCAUUUUCCCUGCCACUCUGCUCGGAACCAAGCAGCCCUGGACCAAGCUCCACCAUCUGUCCACCACCGAGUACUUGCAGUACGAGGGAGGCAAGUUCUCUAAGUCUCGAGGAGUCGGUGUGUUCGGAAACAACGCCCAGGACACUGGUAUCUCUCCUUCCGUCUGGCGAUACUACCUGCUGUCUGCUCGACCUGAGUCCUCCGACACCCAGUUUUCCUGGGACGACUUCGUGGCUCGAAACAACAGCGAGCUGCUUGCCAACCUCGGAAACUUUGUCAACCGAGUCAUCAAGUUCUCCAACGCCAAAUACAACGGUGUCGUUGCCGACUUCUCUACUUCUGAGCUCGGCGACACCUUCACUCUUCUCAAGGCUGACGUUGACGGUCUGCUGACCAAGUACAACACCCUCAUGGAGAACACCAAGCUCAAGUCCGCCCAGGACACCGCUAUGGCCAUCUCUUCUCGAGGUAACCAGUUCCUGCAGGAUAAUAAACUCGACAACUCUCUGUUUGCCGACCACCCUGCCAAGUCUGCUGCCGUUGUGGGUGUGGCUCUUAACCUGAUCCACCUUGUCUCUGCCGUCAUUGCUCCCUUCAUGCCCGAGACUGCCGAAUCCAUCGACAAGCAGCUUAACGCACCCGCUCGACGAAUUCCCGACGAGUUCACCAUCGACAUCCUUGGUGGCCAUCACAUUGGCAAGGCUGCUUACCUGUUCAAGCGAAUUGACGAGAAGCAGAUUGAGGAGUGGAGAAACAAGUUCGGAGGCCAACAGUAA